AUGGCCGCCCCCGAAAAUUUCGAUUUCUAUAAAUUUGUCCUCAUAACUUUGGCAAUUUCUUCUCCAUUAUGCAAUUGUUUAUUCGAAGAUCAGAUUGGAAAGUUUGAUUGGAGACAUCAAUAUGUUGGGCAAGCAGAGUUUGUUUACUUCGACCAAUCCAGUCAGAGCGGAAGGCACAUUAUGGUUGGAACGCACCAGAAUGUUGUCGCUUCACUCAGUGCAAGGAAUGGCCACAUCCUUUGGAGACAGAUUCUAGAAUCUGGAGAUGCUGGCAAGAUAAGUGAUUUAAUUCAAACUGCAAACUCGAUUGUGUGUCUGACCGGAGGUGGAUCACACGUAAGGAACUACUUGUCUCAGACAGGUCAUCUCUUGUGGGAGACGUCUUUCAAUACUCCUGUUGAAAAAAGAUCGACCAUCGAAGUAUUUUCAAGGGACCAUAAUGGCGAUUCACUGUUGGUGCUUCAUGAGAACCGUCUUGCCAUGCUAGAGACAGAGGAAGGGAAAGAAAUUUGGAACAUUGACUUACCAAAUAGUGACAAUGUUGCCUACCUCUAUGUUGAUGUGAAUGGUAAAGACAUCGCUGUGGCUGGAGUGUCGCCUGGAAACCAGGUUGCCAUUUUGACAUAUACAUCCUCCGGGAAGAUGGUGUCGCAGAUGACGGUUCCAGCACCUUGGAUUGCCAAGGAUACCAGCUGUCAGAUGGUCGGUGCUAAGUCCUUCGCCUGUGUUGCAUCCUCUGCUAUCUAUACCAUCAAGAUAUCAGGGAAGAAUGCGUUCACAAAGACAACCUUCCAAGACCUCGGCCUCCCAGAUGGUGAUCGACCACAGCUCACCAGUCACCUGAAGGAGAUGAAUAGAGAUGGCGCGUCGAUGCUCGUGUUGAAAUUGACAUCGAUGCAGCACGCUGUUAUCAGCUUACAGGGAGAGAAGGUCACAUUGGCAAAGGAGCCAUUUGAGGCGUCUGCUGUGCAGUUUAUCAGACACGAUGAUGACAAUGAUGUGCUUCUAUCUAGUGUCAGGAAAAGCCAAGAUAGCGUUUUACUGACUGGCUACAGUCUGACAAGCAAAACUGAGCUAUCUGAGUUCACCCAGCGUCUGAUGUUACCCGGACACCAUGGGAAUCCAACAAAGCUCUACUCAUUGGGCUUCAGGAAGAGAGAUGGUAGCACGGGGUACAGAUAUCUGAUCAUAUCAGAAGAUCAUGCCAUUACGCUCAUGCAGCAAUCAGGAAAGGCAGUAUGGAACCGUGAAGAGGCUCUAGCAUCAGUGCUCUCAGUUGAGAUGGUGGAUCUACCUGUGUCGGAGAAUGAGGCAAAAAUGGAGGAUGAGUUUGGAAAGAAAGAAGACCAUGGAUCAACAGAUGAUAUGUUUGUUAUGCUGUUCAAGAGGAUCACCACUCAGUUGUCACAGUUAAAGGGCUUCAUCAUGCACCUGCAGGACCGCUUCCUGAAGGGUCAGAAAGAGGUUCAGGAUAUAGCUGAGGCAGAGGAAGAGUACCCCAUGGAAAGCAUUGAUCUGACCAGGGACAAUUUCAACCUGCAUAAGAUGAUACUACUCACUUCUGCUGCUGGGAAGGUGUAUGGCAUGUACAGCAACACUGGUCAUCUCGUCUGGAAGAAUUUCCUGCCAAACAUGGCGCCAUUCUCUAAAUUCGGCAAAACAUCGCUGCCUGUCUUUAUCCAGAGGACGACUGCUCACUUCCCUCAUGCACCCCAAGCAGCAGUGCUUGGCAAACACAAGGAAACUGGUAAUGGUUACCUCUAUGUAUUCAACCCAAUCACUGGAGAAGAGGUCGAGAAGAAGCACGACCUUGGCUUCAAGGUCAGCCAGGUCAUGCCACAUUCUCAGGUGGAUGAGAGGUUCCUAAAGGGGGUCAUCUUCCUGGAUGAUAAGCUCAAGGUUCAUGUUUAUCCUAAAACCCUGGAGCCACAGGUCCAUAAGGUUGCUGACAGCCUGUUCAUGUUUACAACUGAUGCUGACAAAGCUGUCCUAAGUGGUUAUGGAAUGAUGGUCAAGAAUCAGGAGUUACAGGCACUUUCUCUGUGGAAUGUGAACUUGCUUGGCGAGAACCAGAAGAUCACUAAUGUUGUAGCCAAAAGAUUAGCAGAGCAUGUCCAUUCCCAAGGUCGUGUCCUUGGUGAUAGGAGCGUCCUCUAUAAGUAUCUCAAUCCAAACAUGGUAGUGGUGACCACGCAGGGUGAGGAACUGACACAGAAAACCCCCUUUGGUUUCCUCAAUGUGUACUUAAUUGAUGUCGUGAAUGGUAACAUCAUAUUCCAUGCUAACCAUAAGAAAGUGCUUGGGCCUGUACAUGUAGUCCACUCUGAAAAUUGGGUGGUGUAUAACUAUUGGAAUCAAGGGAAGCGUCGCAAUGAGAUCACAGUUUUAGAACUCUACGAGGGAAACAAGCAGAGCAACGCGACAACAUUCUCGUCCCUGAGCCCACCACCAACACCCCUUGUCAUGAGGCAGUCAUACAUCUUUCCCACAUCUCUGACGACUAUGUCAGUCACCAUUACUGAGAAGGGAAUCUCCAAUAAACACAUUAUGAUCGCCCUUUCCAUGGGAGGAAUCUUCGAGAUGUCCAAGAUGUUCCUUGAUCCGCGCCGCCCUGUAAGCCCAACCCCCGAACACCGAGAAGAGGGGAUCAUUCCUUACAUUCCAGAGCUACCUCUCCAGACAGAAGCAUUUGUCAACUACAACCAUAGUGUGUUCAAUAUCAGGGGCAUACAUACUGCACCUGCUGGCCUAGAGUCAACAUCUUUAGUACUAGCUUAUGGAUUAGAUCUUUUCUUCACACGCGUAUUUCCUUCCAAAAUGUUCGAUAUGCUCAAAGAGGACUUUGAUUAUCUUUUCAUCGGAAGCGUGGUUGGAGCAAUGAUAUUAGCCUCAAUUAUAACUCAAAAACUAGCAAGCAGGAAAGCGUUAAACAGGAACUGGAAAUAACCUCAGAGGGAAUUUUAGGAUUUUAAAAAUUUAUUUAUUGUGAAAUAGAUGGUUUUUUGUAUCUCACUGCUAUACCUGAUCACAAUUCAGCUCCCCAAAUUGUAAUGCUGAUGAAUUUUCAGCCGAGUUGUGCAUUUCUUAUCAUGGUUUGUGAUGAAGUAUAGCUUUUUCUACCAAAGCCAGGCAAACCUUAACAUUUUUGCUGUUGUGACAUACAUGUAGGCUCUAUUUAAAUCGCAAUGUCAAAGCACUCUACCUUCACGUCAUUACUUGCUCUUUGGCUGGACAAAAGCACAGUUAAAAUUGGGGGAUUUAAACUUCUAUGACGACAUUCAUUAAUAUUGAGCUCAGUCCUUGCUUUUUGUUCACAUCUCAUGCUACAAUGAGUACACUGCCUCAAUUAAGCAUAGAUGUUGAUGUGUUCUUUGUUUGAUUUCUGUUGAGAGUUCGUAAUAUUUGUAAAUUAUUUGCACACCUCCAUUGUAUUUGCAUGUCCUGUCAAUGGUAAGUUUUCCCUUUUACAUUGUUCUGACAGAAUCCAGUGCAAAUUCAUUGCAUGUGAUGGUCUUAUUUCUUGGACAUUCAGUUGAAGUACAUAAUUCCCUUCGAUGUAAGUUUUCCUCAUCAUGUAUCAAAACCAUGAAAUGUUUACAUCACGAUUUGUAUUGUCAUACGAAUUUGUAAUAAAAUUGUUGUUAAAAAUA